AUGGUAUUUAAUUAUUUUAUUGGAUUGGUUGAAUUUAGCUAAUGCUUUAUCUACCUAAAUGAAUACUAUUUUAAUUCUCUUGAGCAUUAUUGUAUUAUUGUUAUUGUUAUUGUUAUUGUUAUUGUUAUUGUUAUUGUUAUUGUUAUUGUUAUUGUUAUUGUUAUUGUUAUUGUUAUUGUUAUUGUUAUUGUUAUUGUUAUUGUUAUUGUUAUUGUUAUUGUUAUUGUUAUUGUUAUUGUUAUUGUUAUUGUUAUUGUUAUUGUUAUUGUUAUUGUUAUUGUUAUUGUUAUUGUUAUUGUUAUUGUUAUUGUUGGUAUGGACUCUAACUUUAAUAUUGUUGAGGAUAUUGUUAUUAAGAUGGAUUUGGAUAUUAAGCUUACCCAGGUAUUGAACUGA